AUGAAAGAGGAAGAGGUGAAUUGUUGCCAGAUUCAGGACUGGUACCCAAAAUUCAAAUCUGUAUCAAUCAAGACGUUAAUUCACCAACUUCCCGAACCUUUCGUCAAGUACCUUCUUGAUGAGUCUGGACCCUUUCUAUUGCCUGCUUCCGUCUUAAACGAAGACGCGUUACCCAAUAGAAUUCACAAUCCUAAUGAUGAAGAAGAUUUUCAGGUUUUAGAGGGAUCUGAUGAUGAAGCGGAAGAAUCUCCUCCGCCUUGUUUUCCAGAACUCGAAUUGAAAGUUAAGGAAUCGAUCGAGUCCCUUGGGGGUGCUGUCUUCCCCAAACUGAAUUGGAGUGCUCCGAAAGAUUCAGCUUGGAUUAGUACUUCUGGUACCCUUCGAUGCACGACUUUCAGUGAAAUUGCGCUUCUGUUCCGAGCUUCUGACUCGUUAGUCCAUGACUUGUGUCAUGCAUAUGAUUCUUGCCUUGAUAAACGUACGUCACGACCGCAGAGUUUCUUUCUUGCUCUCCGUAAAUGGUAUCCGUCGCUUAAACCAGACAUGGAGUUUCGUUGUUUUGUACAGAAUCAGAAAUUAGUUGGAAUUUCUCAACGAGAGGUUACGACUUUUUAUCCUGUUUUGCUCGAAAAGAAGAAUGAUAUCAUGUUACUGAUACAAGCAUUUUUCAACAAUCAUGUGAGAGGUAAAUUUGAGUUGGAAAACUACACAUUUGAUGUUUACGUUACGAAUGAUGUGAGAGUUAAGAUUGUGGAUUUUAAUCCUUGGGGUGGCUCUACAUUAUCAUUGCUGUUUACAUGGGAUGAAUUAGAGCUUGUUCAUGGUGAAGAAUAUGAUGUGGAGUUUAGAAUUGUGGAAGAUCGAUGCGGUGUUAGGCCGGGCCUAAAAACAGCAGUUCCGUAUGAUUACUUGGAUACCAGUCAAGGGAGUGGUUGGGAUCAAUUUCUAAGGAAUGCUGAUCAAGAGUUGAGAAAUCAACACAGGUCUCCAGAAGCUGGUGCAUGA